ACAGGCCUGGUUACUGUAGAAGACUAAAAAUGGCCGACAGUUCGGAAGACGAAGAGUCAGAUAAUUUUGUGCCUUACAGCGAGCGAGACGAGUGGAAGGAUGUGACUCCAGUUGAGCAGGACGAUGGUCCCAACCCUGUAGUGGCCAUCGCCUACUCUAUUAGAUUUAAAGAUGUGUACGACUACUUCCGAGCUGUACUGAAGUCAGGAGAGAUGAGUGAGCGAGCACUGACCCUCACCUCAGAUGCUAUAUCUUUGAAUGCUGCUAACUACACUGUUUGGCAUUACCGGAGGCUCGUACUACGAGCUCUUAGCAAAGAUCUACAAGAGGAACUGGAAUAUGUCAGCAGAGUGAUUGAAGAUCAGCCAAAGAACUAUCAAGUGUGGUACCAUAGACGAAUGCUUGUAGACUGGUUAGGAGAUGGAUCACAGGAGUUAGAGUUCACACAAUCCAUUCUUCGACCAGAUGCUAAGAACUACCACGCCUGGCAGCACCGCCAGUGGGUUAUCAGGGCGUUCAACCUGUGGGACAAUGAGUUGGAAUAUGUGGACAAACUUUUAGCUGAAGACCUUAGGAAUAAUUCAGCAUGGAAUCAAAGAUAUUUUGUGCUAUCUCAUACAGGAUUCACUGAAGAAGUGAUCAAACAGGAAGUCAAGUUUGUCUUAGAUCUUAUAGAAAAGGUUCCCAACAAUGAAAGUGCUUGGAAUUAUCUCAAGGGUGUUCUCAGUAAGACAGGACUCAGUAAGUAUCCGGGCUUGAAAGACUCCCUUGAUGAGAUGUACACAAGGGGAAUAGACUCCCCCUACCUCAUGGCCACCCUGAUUGACAUCUAUGAGGAAGAAAUGGAGGAGAAUAACAGUGAGCCGCGCACACUGGACAAGGCUUUGGAUCUUUGUGAGAAGUUAUCAACCGAUGUGGAUUAUAUACGACGAGAAUACUGGAAGUAUGUUACCAGAAGCCUUCAGAUUAGAUUUGGUGGAGCCAGCUCAUAAAACAGACAUUAUCAGGGACACAACUAUUAUCUAUGGGGGAUCGUUACAUUAAUGUACAUUUUUAAAUCCUGGAAAGACGUUCAUCGUAGUGAUACAAGGCUAAAAAUAUUCAAAAUAAAUUGGGUUUGUGUCGCGGUAGGUGAAACUAGUACCAAGUAACAGCUAUGAAAAACAUAGGUAGGGGUAGACUUUCGACCUAAUUAGUAGGGCUCGGUUUAAGGUAUUGCUUACACUGUUAAUCUCUGAAUUUAGAUAACAUUUUUCUCGACGAAAAGGAAAAGUUCUUUCAUCAAAAUAGACACCUAAAAUACACCAAAAUUAAUCAGGAUGUUGCAAUAGCAAAGUUCUAGGGUAGUAUUUCAUGUCCGGUUCAUGUUUUUAACUCGCCUCACUCCUGUCCAUUCUUGUACUCUUAUUUCUAUUACCCUCCGGGCUAACGGCCUGACGGUAUGCGGUCAAUAAACACCAAUUUAUCGCUA